UGUGUCUUAUUGAAUACAAAAGGGCGAGUACCUGAGUUUCAGUCUGGAUAACCUUUACGUGAAACGCACUUAAAAUCUUACGUGAAAGAGACUCCAGUCAAGAAAAUCAGCACUAAGUUGGGAAAGAAUGAUGUUGUCCUUAAACAACUUACAAAAUGUCAUCUACAACCCGAGGAUCCCCUAUGUUGGCACCAUUUCUGAGCAGCUGAGGCCGGGAUCUUUGAUCGUGAUCCGAGGGCAUGUUCCUAGUGAUGUGGACAGAUUCCAGGUGGACCUGCAGUGUGGCAGCAGUGUGAAGCCUCGAGCCGACGUGGCCUUUCAUUUCAACCCUCGCUUCAAAAGAUCCAACUGCAUUGUUUGCAACACUCUGACCAAUGAGAAGUGGGGCUGGGAAGAGAUCACAUAUGAAAUGCCCUUCCAGAAAGAAAAGUCCUUCGAAAUCGUGGUCAUGGUGCUGAAGGACAAAUUCCAGGUGGCUGUGAACGGGAAGCACACGCUGCUCUACGCCCACAGGAUCAGCCCAGAGAAGAUAGACACACUGGGCAUCUACGGCACAGUGAACAUCCACUCGGUUGGCUUCAGCUUCAGCUCGGAUUUACAAGGUGCCCAGGCAUCGGCUCUAGGACUGACAGAGUUAAACCAAGAAAAUGUGCAAAAGCCUGGCAUCUCUCACCUCCCUAGUGCUAGAGAAGGGGACUCUUCUAAAAUCAUACCGAGAACCGUCUACACCAAGAGUGGAGAUCUGACUGUGAACCACACUCUCACUUGCACCAAAAUCCUUCCUAUCAACUCUUUGUCAAAGAGCCUGCCGUUCAAAGCAAGGCUGAACUCCUCCAUGGGCCCCGGAAGGACAGUUGUCAUUAAAGGAGAAGUGAAAACAGAUGCCAAAGGCUUCAGUGUCGAUCUAAUGGCAGGAAAAUCGAAGGACAUUGCUCUACACUUGAACCCACGCCUGAAAACCCAAGCAUUCGUGCGAAAUUCUUUUCUCCAGGGGGCCUGGGGAGAAGAGGAGAGGAGUAGCACCUGCUUCCCAUUUAGUCCCGGCAUGUACUUUGAGAUGAUCAUUUACUGUGAUGUCCGGGGAUUCAAGGUGGCGGUGAACGGUGUGCACAGCGUGGAGUACAAGCACAGAUUUCAAGACCUCGGCAGCAUUGACAUGCUGGAAAUUGACGGCCACAUCCACUUGCUGGAAGUAAGGAGCUGGUAGUCGCCAGGGCAGCCACAAAACCCAAAAUACAAGUGGCUUCUGUGCUACUGGCCACAUCAAAACACACCUCGCUCUUCCUACGCUGUCUAUUCACUUGAGCCCAUGGGACAUGAAUCCUGCUGGGCGUUCCUGACCUGGUGUGCAGUGUGACCACUUCCAGCUCCUAGGGGCAAACCUGGGGCAGUUGCAGCUCACAUACAGCCAGCAAGGCUCCCCCUGCUUGGCCUCCUUCUAAACCAGAUAAACAGGUAGCUAAGUGCCUACUGUACUGCAGUGGCUACCGUGCUAGCAGCUGGACACGAAGCAGGGUGGUACACAGCAGCAGUGCGCUCGCUGUUCUCUUCUCACAGAAGCUGAGACUUCUGUGUCCUACCAUUGUGCGUGGUCUGCCUCCGGGUUCGUCAGGGUUGAGAGUUUCGCAGCCGUUAAGUCAGCUAAGCUGUUACUAGAAGACACUACUCCGCAGUGAUCCCUUCAGGAUCAGCACCUAUCACUGGCAACCUUUAGCAGUCUCCUGGCUUUCUUGCACAGUUUUACAAAACAAUUAACACUAUGAUAGCUGAACACAGCAGAAACAUUAAGGCAAAAAGCAAAUGUUGACAUUAACUGAUGUCAUUCUUGAAGGCAGCUGAUUCCUGUUGAGUCAAGGUCUGUGUACACCUAGGGGAAGUUUUUGGUGGAGGCUGGGCGGACACAGCUCCUAAGAUACAAGUAGGUAGCAAAGUCAUGUCAGAUGAGACUUAGUGAGCACACAAAGCAGACGGCUAUCAGGAAGCAGAGGCUGUUCCCGGGAGCCCACGGGAACCCAGGGGAGCAGGAGGCAACUGCUCUUACAAAGAUUAGUCUAUCACCAUCAGCAAUGGAGAUCAAAACCUUGUUCUGCUUUAAGUGAUUAAAAUCAAACCUGUAUCAGCAAGUUACACUGUUGCAUUUCUGUAAUUUUUGUUAGUUGAAGAUUGCUGGCAGAAGUUCCGUGUAGAUCCUUCACAGGUCAGAUCUUGUUACAGGAGAGUUCAAAGGUUUGGAUGUGGGCCAUGGGGAGAAGCUCAAUUGGUCCGAUCAUGUUACUGUACUAAACUCCUGGACAGAAUGCCAGGAUUUAGGAAUAGUUUCCUAACAGAUUUCGUUAGCUACUUAUAUUGAUGUUGAAAAAAAUACAGUAUCAAUCUUGGUUUUUUAAAAAUCAUUGUUGAAACUACUAGCUCUUAAGUC